AUGUCCAACUACUACGGUGGCCAGCAGAAUAAUCCCCAAUACGGACCGCCAGGCGCCGGUGCCGCCCAAAACCUCCAGUUUUAUCCGUCGUCGUAUUCGCCCGCCGUGUCGGGUGCUGCGACUCCCCAACAAGCAUCGUAUGGCUAUGGCGCUGGUGCGUCCGGGAACUUCGCCCCCGCCGGCCAAACCGGUUUCACGUCAGCUGGCUUUGGCGGUGCGGGCGUAUCAGGGCGCAUGGGCGAGCACGGCGGCUUAAGGACGGGAUGGUUGGCUGCGUUUUCGACAGAAGGCUACGAUGGCGAGCCCCCGUUGUUGGAGGAGCUGGGAGUCAAUUUUGGGCACAUUCAAAUGAAGACCCUCGCAGUCCUCAACCCUUUCAGACACAUCAAUCAGCACAUAAUGGACGAUUCCGACUUGGCAGGUCCGAUCCUCUUCUUCCUCAUGUUCGGCACCAUCUUGCUCUUCUCCGGAAAGGUUCAUUUCGGAUACAUUUACGGCCUGGCCCUGCUUGGAUCGACAUCUUUACACAUUAUUCUCUCUCUCAUGUCCCCUACCGAGCCCCCUUCGUCCGAGUCGUACCACCCACAGUACAGUGAACCUUCUUCGCAGCCGGCAUCCCAACAAGGGGGCCACUUCUCAGCAACCUUGACCUUCCCCAGAUCGGCCUCCGUCCUGGGUUAUUGCCUCCUUCCGCUCGUGGCAACAAGUCUGUUUGGAAUCGUCAUGCCCAUGGAUACCCCCAUCGGAAUCGUCUUGACUACAGCUGCCAUCAUGUGGUGCACAUACAGCGCUAGCGGUAUGUUCUGCGCCGUGGGGAGGAUGAAGGGAAUGCGUGGCCUGGUGGCAUAUCCGCUGGCCCUGUUUUAUGUCGGGUUUGGCAUCAUGGGCAUUUUCAGCAGCAGAGGCAGCGGCUCGUUGGCCAACGCAGCCGCCAAACUGAAUAACUGA